GAAAACUAUGCUUUUGCGGAUUUUCAAAGGUUUCCGUUACUGUGGGUUUGUCAACAUCCCUUGUCUUAAAUAGGUAGAUCGAUAGUUGGCUGGUCCGCGUUGAUAUUCACAUUUAUAAUCAAUGUCAACGGAAACUUCUAGUUCUAUAUCAUUAAAAGGUUCUGCUGAAUUAUUAACAGAUUAUUUUUUUUAUGCAUUAAAUAGUAUUUUAUAUCAACGUGGUAUUUAUCCAUCAGCAUCAUUUAAACAAAAUAUUAAAUAUGACUUAAGUGUACUUGUUACAACGGAUGAAAAUCUUAUCAAAUAUUUAAAUGUUAUAUUAAAUCAAGUAAAAAAUUGGUUAGAAGAUGGAAGUGUACAUCGACUUGCAUUAAUAAUUAAAUCAGUAAAAACUGAUGAAGUAUUAGAAAGAUGGCAAUUUGAUAUGACAACUGAAAAAACAGAUACUGGUAAUUCAGUUGGAACAAAAUCUUUAGCACAAAUACAAAGUGAAAUUCAAGGUGUAAUACGUCAAAUUGUUGCUUCAAAUACAUUUUUACCAGUAUUAAAUAGUUCAUGCACUUUUGAAUUACUAGUCUAUGCUGAUCGAAAUGCAAAUGUUCCUACUUCUUGGGAGGAAACUGGUCCACAAUUCAUUGUUAACUCUACAGAAAUCAAAUUACGCUCAAUCUCUACAACAUUACAUAGAGUUGAUCAUACAGUCUCAUAUAAACGUUCAAUUUGAUAGACAUGUUUUGUUUUGUUAUUGUUCUAACUGGAGAAAUCUGAGAUUAUUAUUAUGAUUAUUACUAUUUUUAUGAAAGUAAAUAUACUUUUUCAAGAA